AAUAUAAUUUAUGAAACUCGUGUGUUUUUGUUUUGUUUGUGUAGGUAGUAAGAGCUUCAACAAUGGGAUCAAACACUCCAUUUAGUUCUAAAGAAAUGCAUUAUGUAUUUAGAGUUCUUGCUCCUGCUUCUUGUAGAGAACCCACCUUGUUUACAGAUGUUGCCAAAAAUACACUCCGUAUUGCUUUGUUUCCUAUGUUUAAAAAAGAUGAAGAUGAUAGUCGGUAUGCAAGUGCAAAUGCAGUACAAAUGUUAAAAUCAUUACCUGCAAAACCUGGCCCUGUUCCACAACUUGAAGGACCAAUGAGAUUAGUUAUAUGCGACUUAUUAAAUGCUUUAACUGUUAAAUCAGUUCAACCUGUACCUGAAAAUAAUACAAAUCAACCUGAAAAUAUUGAACAAGUUUCAAAUUCAGAAAAUCAAACAUUACUUAGAGAUAAUAGUUCUGUUAAUCUUCUGCAGCAAGAUGAUGAUACUGGGAUUGCAGGUUUGGAUGUCAAUGGUGAAACAUCAGAAUCAAGUGUGAAUGGAAGAGAAAGAAAUAGACUUUGCAAAGAUUGUGUGAAAGACAAUAAAGUUGGAGAUACUGUAAAGAAAAGUACUCUCUUACUACCAAAAUCUAUCAUUUGCAGAUUAUUAGCUGAACUUGUAAGGUCUUAUUCUGGAUGUGCUAAGUUAAUUGCUGAAUAUACAUAUCCAGCUGGACAGUCAGAACUUAUAACAGAAGAUUGUACUGCACUUGCUUUCCUUUUGGAUAAUGUCUUACCUCAGUGUCAAACAGUUGGUGAUAAAGAUGCUUCAGCAUUAGCAAGAGUAUUGAUUGCAGCACUUGCAUCAUGCAAUCAUAGUCCUGAAGCACAGACAGCUUUGGUAAAUGAGGUUAAAGCUGCACUGAAUAGAUCAUUAACAUUACCUGAAAGCAGUGAAAAACAUGCAAGAAUUCAGGCUUUAACUGGACUUGUUGGAACAAUGAUUGAGUCGUGUCCCUCAUCAUCUCAAAAUCAAUUAGCUAGCUCUACUUUUAGAAAUCAACAAAAUAGUAUGAACAAUAUUGUUAGGGUUUUAUUACGGAAAGGACUUGUAACGGACUUGGCUCGGAUACCUCAUUGUCUUGAUCUUUCAAGUCCUCAUAUGCCUGCUACAAUUAAUUCUGCUUUGAAACCUUUAGAAACUUUAUCACGAUUAGUGAAUCUUCCAACAACUCAAAUUGGUAACAGAAGUUCCAAUAGAGGAAAAUCAUCCACUGCUGUAAUUGAAAAUCAAGAGCAAGCACCUGAAGCAAUGGAAGAAGACACAACAACAACUCAAACAACAAGUGCUGUUAUUGGUAAUAUAGAAGUUAGCACAUCUGAGGCAACUACUACUUAUGGGGAAACAGCAGUUGAUGACAGUGCAGAAAAUACUGAUAGUGAAGUUCCUGAUGUUACAAUUGCUCCUGAAGAUGUUGUUGUUAUCCCUUCUUCCCAAUCUCAACAUAUUAGUGAAACUGAUGAUCUUGAUGGAAUUAUGGAUGAAUUGCUUGAACGUCAUUCUCAUCCAGAUGAUCAAAUUCUUGGAGAAGUGAUAAUAGCAGGAACGAAUGAAAGAAAUCAGUCUGGUGAACAUGAAGAACUUGUUAUAAGUGUUGAAACUGAUAUGGAUGACCAUCAUGAUUCACAAAUGAUUAGUCAGCAUGAAAGUGAAUUUGAAGAAGAUCACACACAGGGUGAAGAUGAUCAUCAGCAGAGCAGUGAUUCAGACAGUAAUUCAGAAUCUGGUCAUAGUCGUAGUGAAGAUGAAGCAGAACAAGAUGAUGAUCAGGAAGAUGGUGAUGAUGAUGCUGAAGAUGAAGACGAAGAAGAAGAUGAGGAAUCUCAUUUUGAUCUUAACAAUGGCUUACAAGACAUUGAAGAAGCUUUAUUUGGUAUGCAAGAUAGAGAUGACAGUUUGUUUUUUCAAUUGGAGGAAGUAUUUCCAACAUCAGGAACAUCAUCUAUUGUAUUUGGUGGAUCAGAUGGAUUUCGCACAUUUCAAAUUCCUGUUGUUACUGAUGACAACACUAAUAGUGCAGAGAAUUCAGCCCCAUCCAUUCCACCAGCUCCAGGUAAUGUUACCCCAACGCAUCCACUCUUAGUAAGACAUGGAGAUCCACAAGGUGCUGUUGCUUCAAGAUUACACAGAUCUAAUAGACAAAGAGGUUAUAGACCUGCUCUUGGAAAUCAAACUUGGCAUAUGUAUACAAGUAGUGGACGUCAUCCUAAUCCUCCAGCAAUUUUACAGAGAUUACUUGGUCCAAAUACUGCUCAAGAUAUAUUACAAUUGACUUCAACUUUUAGUUCUCAUCCAACCUCAGGCCAAGCACGUGUAUUUUUUGCCAAUAGUGACCUUCGUAUAUUAGCAACUGAUGAAGAUGUAUUUGAAAUUCAAGAUCAAAAUACACCUGUUUCUGGAGGGCCUUCAAAUACUCUUGCUAGUAUUCCAUCUGCAUUAGCCAGAUGGACAGAGGAAUCUAGAGUUCUUGAUGGUGAUAGUGUACAUGAAUGUGUAACAGGUUUGAAGCCAUCAAUUAUAAGUGUCCUUGAGAAAUAUAGAGAUGAAGAAUUGGAAGAACGUCUGGAAAAACGCAAAAAGUUACAAGAGGAGGAGGAAAUAAAAAAUCAACAAAAAGAAGAGAAAGAGAAAACAGAAUUUUCACAAAUUCAAGAAAACAUUGCUCCUAGUAAUGCAGACAAUCAAGAGACAAGAGAGAAUAAUACAGAGGAAACUACUUUGCCCAGCUCUUCUGUCAUUGGUCCAACUGCAAUGGAGGUUAGUGAAAAUGAUAUUAAUAAAAUGAAUUUUAUUAAUGAUUUGGUACUUUUUUUAGCCCCAUCCAUUCCACCAGCUCCAGGUAAUGUUACCCCAACGCAUCCACUCUUAGUAAGACAUGGAGAUCCACAAGGUGCUGUUGCUUCAAGAUUACACAGAUCUAAUAGACAAAGAGGUUAUAGACCUGCUCUUGGAAAUCAAACUUGGCAUAUGUAUACAAGUAGUGGACGUCAUCCUAAUCCUCCAGCAAUUUUACAGAGAUUACUUGGUCCAAAUACUGCUCAAGAUAUAUUACAAUUGACUUCAACUUUUAGUUCUCAUCCAACCUCAGGCCAAGCACGUGUAUUUUUUGCCAAUAGUGACCUUCGUAUAUUAGCAACUGAUGAAGAUGUAUUUGAAAUUCAAGAUCAAAAUACACCUGUUUCUGGAGGGCCUUCAAAUACUCUUGCUAGUAUUCCAUCUGCAUUAGCCAGAUGGACAGAGGAAUCUAGAGUUCUUGAUGGUGAUAGUGUACAUGAAUGUGUAACAGGUUUGAAGCCAUCAAUUAUAAGUGUCCUUGAGAAAUAUAGAGAUGAAGAAUUGGAAGAACGUCUGGAAAAACGCAAAAAGUUACAAGAGGAGGAGGAAAUAAAAAAUCAACAAAAAGAAGAGAAAGAGAAAACAGAAUUUUCACAAAUUCAAGAAAACAUUGCUCCUAGUAAUGCAGACAAUCAAGAGACAAGAGAGAAUAAUACAGAGGAAACUACUUUGCCCAGCUCUUCUGUCAUUGGUCCAACUGCAAUGGAGAUAACAGAAUCAGGUCAAGCAAUAGCAACAGAUACUGAUCAAACUAAUGCUAUUUCUGGAAUGAAUAAUGUUCUUCCAGCAACACCUUCAACCACAACAACAACAGUAACAACAACUGCUGCAGUAACAACUACUACGACAACAACAACACCAGCUGUAGUUGCAGGAACAACUCCUGUUGGAACAUCAUUAAAUACAGAACGUUUAGCAGCAUCUAUUGUAGAACAAGUUCUUGGCCCUGCUUUAGCCAUUACUUCUACUCCUAAUCCUUCAAUGGCUUCUACUGCACCUGCAGUUAUGCCUACACUGACAACCAGCUCAAUAUCUACUGUUGUUAGUGAAGCCAUAAAUUUCAUGAUGGGUGUGACAACUGCAAAUCAUGGAAUGACAUUAUCAACUUCUGUGACACCAUUUACUGGAAGAUGGCAGGAUGGUACAUUCACUAGCAGUAGUGCUUUAGGAAUACCUGUUCCUUCAUCAGUUCAACAAGACAGUCUUGGUAAUUCAGCUGUACCUUCACCAAUGGAUACAAGUGAACCAACUUUUGUAGCAUCACUUGCUAGUGAAACAAAUGAAAUAGCAUGCACUUCAGAAGCACCAAUAUCUGAAAAUCAAGAUACAGUAGGUGCUAGCACUGAACAGGAUGAUGCAUUACAUAUGGAUGCUGAAUUGGCUAAUAUUGAAAGAGAAGGACAAAUUCCAGUGUUUCCUGGAGGUGGAAAUGAAGAAAGUACUGAUCAAUCUUCAUUACCUCAGAUUGAAAAUUCUAUGAUUGAACAAAGUGAAAAUAGACAGACUUGUGCAGCUGAAGCUUUAAUAGAUGCCAUCAUUAAUAGAGCCACAAAUGAAAAUAUGGGCACUCCUUCAUCAGUCUUAACAGAAUCUGAUUUUUCAAAUAUUCUUGGAGAUGUAGAAAUUCCAGAAGGUGUUGAUCCCUCAUUCUUGGCUGCAUUACCUGAAAAUAUUCGACAAGAGGUUAUAGCUGAACAACUAAGGCUACAAAGAUUACGCCAGAGAGCACAAGCUGCAAAUAGCCAAGCAACAACUGAAGGGGGAAAUUUUACUGAAGUGAACCCAGAAUUUUUAGCUGCCUUACCACCAAAUAUUCAAGAAGAGGUAUUAGCUCAACAAAGAGCUGAACAGCAAAGAUUAGCAGCACAAAAUUCAAAUCCAGACACACCUGUUGAUCCUGCUGGUUUUAUUCAAACUCUACCACCUGCAUUACGGCAACAGGUUUUGGCAGAUAUGGAUGAUAGUCUUCUUGCUCUACUCCCUCCUGACUUAGCAGCCGAAGCUCACGCUUUAAGAAGAGAAUUGGAAGCUCGUCACAGACAGAUGCAAGAACGUUUCCUUUCUUCCCAUGCUGGUACUGCCCUCUCCCGUAUUCUCCGUUCUGCAGCAGGACGAAUGGGUACUAGAUAUACAAUACAUACUGUUCCACAAAGAGGUCAAUGGACUUGGAAUACACUUUCUCGGGGUGCUGGAAGCUCAACUGCUGGAACUGGGGGAAUUCAGAGUGGAUCUUUACCCAGUUCAUUGCGUUUACGUGGAAGGCAGAUGUUAGAUCAUGAAGCUUUAUCUUGUUUGUUAGUUCUUCUUUUUGUAGAUGAACCCAAACUAAAUACUGGUCGUUUACAUCGUGUACUUCGAAAUUUAUGUUAUCAUGCCCCUACAAGGCAAUGGGUAAUAAAAGCAUUAUUAUCAGUCCUAGAAAGAACUAAAGACAGCAGGCUCCAAGAAAAUAAUCAUGAUCAUUUUUCUGAAACUUACCAUCGUGCCAAAAAGUCAGUUGUGAAAACUUUCAGUCAUACAUCUGAAAAUAUUGGCCCUUCAAGUCACAGAUUGGAAUCAGCAAGUAGAAGCAGUCAACCAUCAUGGUUAUCAAUUAGUUUAGAUGCUGCUUUGGGAUGUCGUACUAAUGUCUUCCAAAUCCAUCGUCAUGGUCACAGUGCUGGGCCAAAGAAACCAAGUGAUAAACAUUCACCAUCUGUAACAACUGGGAUCUGCCAACCAAUUGUCACAAUCCAUCCUCAAGCCUCUCCAAUUGUUUUUAGGCAUGUUCUGGAUACACUGAUUUCUCUUGCAAAGAGUUUUCCAAUUCACUUUUUGCCGGAGAAGGCAAAGGAGGAAAAAUAUGGAAAAGAUGUUAUUGCUCAAGAUAACAGGGCAUCAAAAACAACUGUUCCAAUUACAGCAAAAUCUGAUUCCAAACAAGUACUUUCAACAUCAUCGAAGACUGAAGCUUGUGGAUCUCUCUCUCGUCAAGAUACAGAUUUCUGGGAUGUUUUAAUUAAACUUGAUUCUCUUAGUACAAGUAGAAAAGGAAAGAGUAUUGCUAGGACUCAUAGUACUACUACAAUGAUUGGAAGCAACAGUAAUGCUAACAUUGAUGAUGAUACAAAAUAUCAAAGCUUUGAAGCUUCACCUAUGGCACAGUUAAUAAGCAUGUUAUCUCAUCCUGUUGUGAAACGAAGUUCAUUGUUAACUGAUAGGUUGCUUAGGUUAUUAGCUCUUAUAUCACUUGCCCUUCCUGACCAAGAUAGUCAAAACUAUACUCAAAGUACAAAUCAACUUUUAAGUGUAAAUGCUACUGCAAAUUUGAGAAAUGGGACUAAUAGUUUAAUAUCUCGUGCAAUGGAAGUGCCAUCAUGUGGAAGAGAUGACAGUCAUCCAGUAGCAGAAGAGAAAACAGCUGCUUCAGAGGAUGACAAAGUUCCUUCAAAAGAAUCAAUAUCUCAUGUGCAAUUAGGUGAAGAGGAAGAAAAGGAAGAUAUAAUAAUUAAGCAACAUUUAAAAUUGGCUGUUGAGGUUUUGACAUCAAAAACAUGUUCUGAAGAAGGUUUAGAGGAUGCUACUGCACUUUUGUUAAGGUUAUCAAGAAGUUGUGCACGUACUCGUAAAAGUGUACUUCAUUUGCUUUUAGAAGGUGCAAGAGAAUUAGGACAGGUAGUGUGUCUUCAUAUACGUGCCUUAAUUGAAGAACUUCGUAACUUAAAUGCAAGGCUUGCAGUGGAACGAAUUGCCACAAAUGAAUUAGAAGAGAAAGAGAAUGAAGCAGAAGCCAAGUUAAUAAAGGGAAUGAUACAAGAUAGGUUUACACAUACAACUGUUAUCAUAACUGCUCCAACAAAAGUCAAAGGAAGUGGAAGUAGGGAAUUGCAGUUACCAUCAAUGGCAGCACUAACAAGCAAAACUUCUAGUCAGGCUUUUUUCUUAAGGAUUCUUAAAGUUAUAAUUCAAUUAAGGGAAGCUACACGUCUGGCACAACAAAGAGCUCGUCAAGCGUCUGUUUCUUCAGAUGUCUUACAGCAAAGUGUUUUAACAUCUCAGAAUUUACCUGAAACUCAGUUAAGUGUAUUACAAGAAACUAUUGCUUCAAAUGAAAAUGAAGGUUCAAAUGAGGGUAAUCAGCAAGCCACACCAAUGGAAAUUGAUACAGUAACACCAUCUAGUCAAAAUUCAAAAAAGGAACCAGUUGAAGAAGAACCAUGUUUACCACCACUCAGUUUUCAACUUUCUCUUGAAGAAUUAUGGGAAACACUGAGUGAGUGCUUAGUAGAACUUGCAGAAACUCCAGAUCAUCAUGCUGUUCUUGUAUUACAACCUGCUGUAGAAGCAUUUUUCUUAGUUCAUGCUUCUUCCUCAGAAAAAGAAUCUAAUAAAAGAAAAGAAUAUAGACAAGAAAGCAGAGAAAAUCAAUUAGCACAUAUACAUCAAGACAUAGCACCAUUAUCACCUUUACCAGCUACUUCAGAAGCAGCAACUAUAGCUGAAACUAGCAAUAUAGUCUUUAGUAGAGAGAAUUCUUUAGCAACUAUAAGCACAGCUUUACCAGCUGAUACACAAAAAUUCUUAAAAUUUGCAGAAACCCACCGUACUGUUUUAAAUCAAAUACUCCGUCAAUCAACCACUCCACUUGCAGAUGGUCCAUUUUCAGUACUAGUUGAUCACACUAGAGUUUUAGAUUUUGAUGUAAAACGAAGGUAUUUUAGACAGGAAUUGGAACGAAUGGAUGAAGGUGCACGGCGUGAAGACCUUGCCGUUCAUGUACGGCGUGAACAUGUAUUUGAAGAUUCGUUUAGAGAAUUACAUAGGAGAUCUCCAGAAGAAUGGAAAAAUCGCUUUUACAUUGUUUUUGAAGGUGAAGAAGGUCAAGAUGCAGGAGGCUUGUUAAGGGAAUGGUAUACUAUAAUUUCACGAGAGAUAUUUAAUCCAAUGUAUGCUCUAUUCACAAUUUCACCUGGUGAUCGUGUAACAUAUAUGAUUAACCAAUCUUCUCAUUGUAACUCAAAUCAUCUGAGUUACUUCAAGUUUGUAGGUCGAGUAAUAGCAAAGGCUGUCUAUGAUAAUAAACUAUUAGAAUGUUAUUUUACAAGGUCAUUUUAUAAACAUAUUCUAGGGAAACUUGUCAAAUACACUGAUAUGGAAAGUGAAGACUAUUCAUUUUAUCAAGGUUUAGUCUUUUUGUUGGAACACGAUGUCAAGGAAAUUGGCUAUGAACUGACUUUCAGUGUUGAAGUGCAAGAAUUUGGUGUAACAGAAAUUAGAGAUUUAAAACCAAAUGGGCAGAAUGUAAUGGUUACUGAAGAAAAUAAACAAGAAUAUGUGCGUUUAGUUUGUCAAGAAAAAAUGACAGGAGCUAUUCGAAAGCAAUUGAAUGCAUUCUUGGAAGGAUUUUACGAAAUUAUUCCCAAACGCCUUAUUGCUAUCUUCAAUGAACAAGAACUUGAAUUAUUAAUCUCAGGUUUGCCAAAUGUUGACAUAGAUGAUCUUAAAGCCAACACAGAGUAUCAUAAAUAUCAACCAACGUCAUUACAGAUACAAUGGUUUUGGAGAGCUCUUCGUUCAUUUGAUCAAGCAGAUCGUGCCAAGUUCCUACAGUUUGUGACUGGCACUUCAAAAGUGCCACUUCAAGGUUUUUCUGCAUUAGAGGGAAUGAAUGGAAUUCAGAAGUUUCAGAUUCAUCGUGAUGAUCGUUCAACAGAUCGUUUACCAUCUGCACAUACUUGCUUCAAUCAAUUAGAUUUACCAGCCUAUGAAACUUACGACAAGCUCCGUUCCAUGUUGCUAAAAGCCAUCCAAGAGUGUUCUGAAGGUUUUGGAUUUGCAUGAACUAACAGAAUACUUACAUUCAUUACAAUUUGUAAUUUGUUGUUGGGAAGUCCCUGUUGAAAAAGGCACAGAACAAAUUGCCAUGUCAGAGGAGCCUUCUCAAAAUCUGAUAGUGUGAUAUUUUCUCAGAAGAGGUGUGUUGCAUUAGCAACUACCUUGUUAAUUCAAGGACAAAAAUGUGAGUUGACUAUACAAAAUUCAAAUAUAAUUGACUGCCAACAGAGUGGUUAUAUUAUGUACAGAACAUGCUUUAUCUUUUCUGUAUGACAAAACUUUACACAGUGAAAUAAUUAGAAGAGUGAGAAAUGCUGCCAAGUCCACUGUCAAUAAUUAGUGUAUAUCAACCAUUCUUUACACAUUCGUGCUGGCAGUUAUAUCGGCAACAUUUUUUGGCAUACCUUGUGAUUGUUUCUUGCAUUUGGUGAAAUUUUCUAAGUUGUUGAAUGGACCAUAAUUCAAAGGGGAAUACAUGGUGGUUUUUGAAGUUAUAGGUCUUUCUAGAAAAUCUCUAGACAGUCCUGUAUCUUCAUUAUUUCAGAAAAAAAGCUGUAAAAGAAAUUGCUGUAUUUUUCAUGCAUGUUACUGCAGUAAUUUGAAAAAAAUAAACUAAAACUUGAAUCA